GGGGUGGGGGGGGUCAGGAGCUCAGUCAACCGGGGUUGAUUCUCCAACCUACAGUACAAAAACAAUCCGACCACCCUGGUUGUUCCCCGGAGCUUCUUCACUGCCCAACUCUCUCCUCCAACCUCGUUACUCACCUCUUCCGCAACCUCUCAAAAACCCAAAACCCCCACACAAUCCGCCAAAAUGGUCUACACCAUCGUUGUUCACAUGCGCGCCAAGCCCGACGAGGAGAGCAUCAACAAGCUGCACGCCAAGCUCCUCGAGGCCUCGGCCGUCUACUCCAAGGACAAGGAGACCCUCUCCUGGUUCGUGAUGCAGAGCGUCCACGACAAGCAGGACUUCUGCAUCGUCGAGCGCUACCUCAACGAGGGCUCCCAGAAGUACCACCUCGAGAACCCCUACUGGAAGACUUUCGACCCCUACGUCAUCCCCUUGCUCGAGAAGGAGAUGGAUCUCCGCCGUUUCGAGGAGCUGGUGCCCGGGGAGGAGCAGAAGCAGUAAAUUUGG